UAUUAAUUUGGUGGAGAAAGCGGAGAUUAGCGUCUUCCCUGUUUGACUCUUCUCAAAGAGAGAGGAUGGGAAGAGGGAAGAUAGUGAUCAGACGAAUAGAUAAUUCGACGAGCAGGCAAGUGACUUUCUCAAAGAGAAGGAGUGGGCUGUUGAAGAAAGCAAGGGAAUUAUCAAUACUCUGCGACGCCGAUGUCGGAUUGAUCAUCUUCUCCAGCAUCGGCAAGCUCUACGAUUAUGCCAGCUCCAGCAUGAAAUCUGUUAUUGAACGCUACAACAUGGUUAAAGAACAUCAUCAAUUACUGAUUCCUGAUUCGCAACUCAAGUUUUGGCAAAGUGAGGCAGCAAGCUUGAGGCAACAACUACAUUACUUGCAAGAAUAUCACAGGCAACUGAUGGGAGAAGAACUAUCUGGUUUAAGUGUUAAAGAUCUACAGAAUCUGGAAAACCAACUAGAAAUGAGUUUGAAAGGUAUCCGCACAAAAAAGGACCAAAUACUAACAGAUGAAAUCAAAGAGCUAAACCACAAGGGACACCUCAUUCAUCAGGAGAAUCUAGAACUGUAUAAGAAAGUAAACCUCAUGCACCAAGAAAAUAUUGAACUUCAGAAGGUUUAUGGAACAAGGGAAGCAAAUGAAGCUAGAAGAAGCUCCCAACCAAGUCAUACUUUCAACAAUCGGUAUGAUUUGCAUGCACCUGUUCGUCUGCAAUUAAGCCAGCCCCAGCAAAACCAUUGAAGUUGGGAUUACAACUGCAUUAGCAAACAACUGUGGACAGACAUUAUCAGUACGCUAUCAAAAACUUGCCCAUGGUUAACAAAAAGCUUCUACCAGUGAGCUAUUAGAUACAGUAUGUGCAGCAUGAUAUUGGAGAGAGAAAUAGAGCACUUGCUGUAAAAUGAACAGGGAAACAAGUUUUCCGAUAACAACACACAAUAAGUAGAAUGCACUGUUUUUGUCUGAUUUUUUUCUCAGCUGCCUGGUAAACUUAUUGUGUUCAACCAAAUUUACUUACUGUUGCAAAUUGGUAAUAGUGUACAAGUGAUCGCAGAUCAGGAUCCUAAAGGUACUAAACACCAAGUACAUACAA